GCUGCCCUCCAGCCCCCUCACUGCCUGGGCUCUCUCGGCCUUGCAGGGAAGAUCCACACCCCCAUGGAGUACAAAGGGGAGCUGGCCUCCUAUGACAUGAGGCUCAGGCGCAAGCUUGACCUCUUUGCCAACGUGGUCCACGUGAGCAGCCUGCCUGGCUAUAAAACCCGGCACAACAACCUGGACCUGGUCAUCAUCCGUGAGCAGACGGAGGGCGAGUACAGCUCCCUGGAGCACGAGAGCGCAAAGGGGGUCAUCGAAUGCCUGAAGAUCAUCACGCGGGCCAAAUCUCAGCGCAUUGCCAAAUUUGCCUUUGAUUUCGCCACCAAGAAAGGGAGAAACAAGGUCACUGCUGUGCACAAGGCCAAUAUCAUGAAGCUGGGGGAUGGGCUCUUCCUUCGCUGCUGCGAGGAGGUGGCUGAGCUGUACCCCAAGAUCACCUUUGACACCAUGAUCAUCGACAACUGCUGCAUGCAGCUGGUGCAGAACCCUUACCAGUUUGACGUCUUGGUCAUGCCCAACUUGUACGGCAACAUCAUCGACAACCUGGCAGCCGGCCUGGUGGGAGGGGCUGGUGUGGUCCCAGGGGAGAGCUACAGCGCCGACUUCGCUGUGUUCGAGAUGGGCGCCCGUCAUCCCUUUGCCCAGGCGGUCGGGAGGAACAUCGCCAACCCCACGGCCAUGCUGCUCUCCUCGGCCAACAUGCUGCGCCAUCUGAACCUGGAGCACCACUCGGCCAUGAUUUCCGACGCGGUGAAGAAGGUGAUCAAAGUGGGCAAGGUGAGAGGCUGCCCUGGAGGGCCUG